CACUGGCGUAUGCAGCUCAACAAUUGGUUGCAGAAUCGGUACCGCUCUACCGACCUUCUCACAUGGAAUACCUCGCCGAGUGGUCAACGACACAACGCAGUGUGGACUGCGGUCGCUUAUAUAAACGGUGUAGAAUAUGGACGUGGGACGGGACCCAGUCAAGGUGCAGCCAAAGAAGUUGCGGCUCAGAAGGCCCUUGAUGCUCUGACCUGA